UACAACCAUAUAACAGUUCUCAGAUAAAAUCAAAUUAACCUAUAGUUGAGUAGUUUGGAGCAUUCUGAGAUGGCAGGUCGAAAUCAAGAAAGAUCUGUCCAACGUCGUGUUGGAGGUCGAGGUGAUAAUGAUUUGAGUAAGGUUGAAUUCGAAACAUCCGAGGAAGUUGAUGUCACUCCAACAUUCGACUCAAUGGGAUUGCGGGAUGAUCUUCUGAGAGGAAUUUAUGCUUAUGGUUUUGAGAAACCAUCAGCCAUUCAACAGAGAGCUAUCAAGCAAAUUAUGAAAGGCCGGGAUGUGAUCGCUCAAUCUCAGUCUGGAACUGGUAAAACAGCAACAUUUUCAAUCUCAUGUCUCCAAAUGAUCGAUACUUCAAUUAGAGAAACGCAAGCUCUUAUUCUUGCUCCAACUAGAGAGCUCGCUCAACAAAUACAAAAGGUUAUUCUUGCACUCGGCGAUUACAUGUCCGUUCAAUGUCACUCUUGUAUUGGUGGAACCAACGUUGGAGAGGACAUCAGAAAACUUGAUUAUGGUCAACACAUUGUAUCUGGAACACCUGGAAGAGUUUUUGACAUGAUAAGAAGAAGAAAUCUUCGUACUCGUGCCAUCAAACUUCUAAUUCUUGAUGAAUCAGAUGAAAUGUUAAACAAAGGAUUUAAAGAACAGAUUUAUGAUGUUUACAGAUAUCUUCCACCAGCCAUACAGGUUUGCCUGAUCAGUGCCACAUUGCCACAUGAAAUCUUGGAGAUGACGAACAAAUUUAUGACAGAUCCUAUAAGAAUUUUAGUCAAACGUGAUGAAUUGACUUUGGAAGGAAUAAAACAAUUCUUUGUUGCUGUUGAAAAAGAAGAAUGGAAGUUUGAUACAUUAUGUGAUCUCUACGAUACUCUCACCAUCACCCAAGCUGUCAUUUUUUGUAAUACUAAGCGUAAGGUUGAUUGGUUGACAGAGAAAAUGCGUGAAGCAAACUUUACUGUAUCGUCAAUGCAUGGUGACAUGCCACAGAAAGAAAGAACAGAAAUUAUGAAAGAAUUUCGAUCUGGUUCCAGUCGGGUUCUCAUCUCCACUGAUGUAUGGGCGAGAGGGCUUGAUGUUCCACAGGUAUCUUUGAUUAUCAACUAUGAUCUGCCAAACAAUCGUGAGUUGUACAUUCAUCGUAUCGGUAGAUCGGGAAGAUAUGGAAGAAAGGGUGUCGCCAUCAACUUUGUGAAAAAUGAUGACAUUCGUAUCUUGCGUGAUAUUGAACAGUACUACAGUACACAGAUCGAUGAAAUGCCCAUGAAUGUUGCUGAUUUAAUCUGAAGAUGGAGGAGGUUGAAAACAAGAAAAUGGUUGUUGAAAGCACUGUACAUUCGUUUGCAGUUGGAUUGUAGUAGUAUCUUGAAUGAUUGUCCAUACAUUGCUAGUAUCUUGCAUUUGAUAUGCCUAAAUCCAUAAGAAAUGUGCUCCUGUUUUUACUCUAUUAUGUGUAUACAAUCAUUUUUAGUCUUGCUGAGAUUUUUCACGUUUGAAAUGGUUUAGUCGGCGCUUGUGAAAAUACUUAAUUCAUUUUAUCCAAGAAAUUUCCCCCAUUUAUUUUCGACUCGAGAAUACAUAGGCAGCGCUGUAUUGAAGCAUAUUCAACUGCUUAAUCAUUAGUUUAUCAGGCUUUGAAUAUAUCAGAGAAUUUUAGCAUAUUUUUUUCAGUGCCACGCCAAAUUCUGAAAAAUGGUUUUUACACUCUCUUCCGGUUACACUCCGAAAAAAUUCCCUUUGAAGCUUCUAAAUUAUCGAGGAUGGUAUCAUAUGGCUCUUGUAUGAAUUUGUAAAUAAAGUUGAAAAAUCUG